UUCCCGCUUUCCGUUGGAGACCCGGAGGCUGAGGAGGCGCGGUCACACUCGACGUCCCGCGCCCGCGGAGGAGGAGGCCGCCAAGCUGGGGUGUCCGUCUUCUCCUGCUGUUCUUAAAUGAAGUAAAAAUGCCUGUGAGACCAGACCUCCAACAGUUGGAAAAGUUUAUUGAUGAUGCCUUGAGAAAAAAUGACUUCAAACCUUUGACAAUACUUUUACAAAUUGAUAUUUAUGAAGAUGUGAAGAUUAAAUGCAGCAAACAAUUCCUCCACAAGUUGGAUGACUUAAUAUGCAGGGAACUCAACAAAAAGGAUGUCCAAGCUAUUUCAAACAUCUUGAUAUCUAUUGGAAGAUGUAGCAAGAAUAUCUUUAUACUGGGACAAGCUGGACUUCUAACCAUGAUAAAACAAGGAUUAGUCCAAAAGAUGGUUUCCUGGUUUGAAAAGUCCAAGGAGAUUAUUCUGAGCCAAGGACAAUCAAAAGAUGAAGCUGUUAUGAAUAUGGUAGAAGACUUAUUUGAUCUUUUGAUGGUUGUAUAUGACAUCAACGAUGAAGGUAAAAAACAAGUAUUGGAAAGUUUCAUACCUCACAUCUGUGCCCUGGUUAUUGAUUCAAGAGUGAAUAUUUGUAUUCAGCAGGAGGCUCUAAAAAAAAUGAAUUUGAUGCUUGACAGAAUACCUCAAGAUGCCAACAAAAUACUUUCUAACCAAGAAAUACUAACUCUCAUGAGUAAUAUGGGAGAAAGGAUUUUAAAUGUAGGAGACUAUGAAUUACAGGUAGGCAUCGUGGAAGCUUUGUGCAGAAUGACUACAGAAAAACGGAGACAAGAACUGGCACGUCAGUGGUUUUCCAUGGAUUUUAUUGCUAAUGCAUUUAAAGAAAUUAAAGACUGUGAAUUUGAAACAGAUUGCAGGAUAUUUCUCAACUUGGUAAAUGGCAUGCUUGGUGAUAAGAGAAGAGUCUUUACAUUUCCUUGCUUGUCAGCAUUUCUUGAUAAAUAUGAGUUGCAGAUACCAUCAGAUGAAAAACUUGAGGAAUUUUGGAUCGAUUUUAAUCUGGGAAGCCAGACUUUGUCAUUCUACAUUGCUGGAGAUGAUGAUGAUCAUCAAUGGGAAGCAGUCACUGUACCGGAAGAAAAAGUUGAGAUGUACUACAUCGAAGUUAAAGAAUCAAAGAAGCUAUUGACUAUAACUCUGAAAAAUAUAGUAAGAAUUAGUAAGAAAGAAGGGAAAGAGUUACUUUUGUAUUUUGAUGCAUCAUUAGAAAUCACCAAUGUGACUAAAAAAAUUUUUGGUGGAAAUAAGUACAAGGAAUUUACCAGAAAACAAGGCAUUUCAGUUGCCAAAACAUCUAUUCAUAUACUUUUUGAUGCAAGUGGAUCACAGAUUCUAGUGCCAGAAAGUCAACCAUCUUCAGUCAAAGAAGACCAUCAUCUAAAAGAGAAAUCUGACCUCCCAAAGAGACUUGCAAAUCCUCCAAAACAAGACAACAGCAGCAACCAGGAAGACAGAACAAGCAGCCAGGAUGAGAUAACUACACCUAGCAGAAAGAAAAUGUCUGAAGCAUCAAUGAUUGUUCCCGAUACAGACAGAUACACUGUGCGAAGUCCAAUACUCUUAAUCAACACAUCAACGCCCCGAAGAAGAAGCAGGGCACCACUGCAAGCGAUAAAUCCUGCCGGAAAAGCUGAUGUUUCUAAAACAGCAGAAAGUAGAAUGGACUGUGCUGUGUCACUCAAAUCUAGACAAUCUGAUGGAAGAAAUAUAUGGAAUAAUAGAGACAAACAGAGCAAAACUACUAAAGUUGUAGAAAACAAAGAAAAUGAGGACAGUGAAUCCCCAGACCAAAAUUUUAAUGAAAUUGAGGACACUUUUUCUGAUGUGUAUGCAAUGGGAAAAGUAGAUGAGCCUGCAUUACCUGGUAUUAUAGACAUCUCUAAAAAUAAAGAACAUUCCAAAUGGGCAUGUUGGACACCUGUAACAACUAUCAAACUCUGCAAAAAUAACCAGAGAGCCCAUGCUUUACCAGGACACACUUUUAACCAAGAUAUUAGUGUCAACAAAAAAUGCACUAAACAAAAAUCAGUUUCUGAUGAUGAUUCUGAAGAAACACAAAGGGUAAAACACAGGAAAGAUGUAGUCAAAUGUGACAAGUCAGAUGGAGCAGAAGUUUGUGAAAGAAACAACAAUCAACAAAACCAUCCUAAAUAUUCACAAAAGAAAAGUGCUGAAAACGCUAAGCAGAGUGAUUGGCAUAGUUUAUCUGAAACUACUUAUAAAUCAGUACUCCUAAAUAAGACAACUGAAGAAUCGCUCAUCUAUAAGAAGACAUGUGUAUUGUCAAAAGAUGUGAAUACUACUAUCUGUGAUACAAACCCUUCUAGAAAAAGCACAAGAAGUUGUACAAAAUUGAGGAAAGAACUGACUUCUGAAGUUAAUUCAUGUGCACUAAAAGAAAUACCAGUGAGAGAAAAGUCAAAAGGGAAAGGAUUUACUGAUGCAGCAGAAUCCUUGAUAAGCCAAAUUAGUAAGAGGUACAACCCAAAUGAUAGCAUGAAGUCUACAAGAAAAUUAAAGGAGUCUCUGAAUAGCAGUGGGUUUUCAAAGAAAUCUGACCUACAGUUCAGUAAGGUUCAGAAAAAAAGUUACAGAAAACUGAAGACAACUUUUGUUAAUGUUACCUCCGAAUGUCCAUUGAAUGAUGUCUAUAACUUCAGCUUGAAUGGCACUGAUGAACCUGUUAUAAAACUUGGAAUCCAAGAAUUUCAAGCUACAACUAGAGAAGCCAGUAUGGAUAAUUCAAUCAAAUUGGUAGGUGUAAGGAAUCAUGAUGAGCAUGACCCUUCUUUCAAAACAAAAAACAAAAGAAUGAUAACAAGUCAUGAGAAGACCGUUUUCAGUGACACUGAAACAGAGUGUGGUGACAGCAAGACUGACAUUAGCUGGCUCAGAGAACCAAAAUCAAAAAUACUGAUGGAUUAUAGUAGAAAUAAAAACAAAAGAAAAUACAAAAGUGGAAAAUCAAGUUCUUCCAUGGAAAAGGGGAAGCCAAGAUCCAUAACGGUACCCAAUAAAAACAUUACCAAAAAGGAUGAUGAAAUAGUUGCAGAUGGGAGAACCAGACUUCCACGAAGAGCAACAAAAACAAAAAAAAAUUAUAAAGAUCUCUCAACUUCAGAAUCAGAAUCAGAGAGUGAAAAAGAAUUUUCAUAUUUAUUUAAAGAUAAACUGCCAAAAAAGGAGGAGAAUAUCCAUUCCAGAGCCCAAACCAAGAAACUGCCAAAGAAACAACAGAAUGUCUUGACUACAGAAACACCAAAAGGACAGCCAUCAGAAAAACAGAAAAUUUCAUCUGAGCUAAGAGAUGGGAGAGAAGACAGUCUUUGCCUAUCUUCUGUAUCUGUGUCUGGGAGCCCAUCAUCUGUGGAAGUGAUGAGAUGUAUAGAAAAAAUAACAGAAAGGGAUUUUACUCAAGAUUAUGACUACAUCACAAAAUCUUUCUCACCUUAUCCAAAAACUGCAUCAUCUGAAUCUUUAAAUGGUAACAAUAAAGUUGGAGGUCAGGGAAAAUCACCCAGAAUCAGUGAGACCAGUACACUGCGUGUGAGAAAGAGUUACUCACCUGUUCCAGGACUACCUUCUUUGCCCAGAAACACUCCGACCAAGAAUAAUUAUGUUAUGAAUAGAAAAAAUACAAAUUCAGUGAUAGAUAAUCAAAGAACCCUACAUUAUAACAGCUAUUCAGAUGUAAGCAGUAAUAGCUCAGAGAAACAUUUUAUGGAAACUGAAUCUCCAGAUAGUCGUGAAAACCAUAUGCAAAGCAAAAGAGAGGAAAGUCAUGCAGCAUCUCCAUUGUCAUUGUCUAGUGAAAGAAGAGAGAAAAUAUGGUUGGACAUGUGCAGUGACAACACUCAUGUAUCAGGUCCCAGUCAACGUAGUUGCAAACGGCGGAUGUACCUAGAAGAAGAUGAUCUAAGUAAUUCCAAUGACGCAGAAGUGGAAGAGGCAGAAGACAGAGAACAGUUGCUUUCUAAAAGACUGUGUCAAAGGGAAGAUCUGGAUUUUCACACCUACAAAACUUCAUUAUCAACACCAGAUUUUUCUAUUCCUGAGGACUGGCAACAGGAAUUACCAGGUGCUGGAAUGUUUUAUGAUAACAUCAGCUCAGACUAUAAGAGGAAAACUGACACCCAACAUAAAAUCAUGGAUGAUUUUACUACAAAGACAUUAAAAUUGACUCAACAACAUCUAAUGACAAUGACCUAUCAAGCUCGGGGACGCAGGGGUGAAAAUCUCGACAAAUUCCAAGUCACUCUCCUAGAUGAGCUGAAGAAAGUUGAAAAAGACUCACAGACUUUACGAGACUUGGAGAAGGAGUUUGUGGACAUCGGGGAAAAAUUAGUUCAGAAGAUGAGGGCAUAUCUCCGAAGUGAGCAGGAGAGGCUUCGUGUUUUGAAAACUUCACUGGAUAAAAAUUUUCCUGUCUAUAACUCAGUUUAUGAAGACAGUAUUUUUAUAUCUGAGAUGCGUUUGAUGAAAGCAAAUAUGAAUAUGCUGCAAGACAAGCUACUUAAGGAAAUGCAUAAAGAGGAACUUCUCAACAUACGCAGAGGACUGUUAUCAUUAUUCAAGGUUCAUGAAGGAAAUGAUGUGUGAAAUCUGGCUGCUGUCAACACAUUUUAUCUAAUUGUUUAUUUUUAUGUAUAACUGAAAAAAAAAGAAACAACUAAGUAGCCGUUCAAAUAUUCAUCAUCCAAGCAGCUGUAUUAUGUUCAGGAACCUCCAGACUCAAAUGUUUUCUUAGAGAUGAAGAAACGACUCCAAUACAACUUAUGUGUAUACUAUGAACAAACAGUAAAAGGGCUGGCUUACUUUGGAUCAUAUUUACAUUAAUUUUUAUCUGUGAAAUUAUUGUCUUUAUUAGAGUUACAUGAAUUGUAUUUUUUAAUUAAUACAGUUUUGGAAUAGAUAUACUGUAAUUUGCAUGAUGGUUUGGAAUAUACAAGUAAUAAAAUAUUAGCCAUCCUUUGAAACUCUGCUUUAAAAUGUGUACUUGUUAGUCCCUUUACACUUUGAGGUAUUUAUGGUUCCAGUGUACUAAAAAUGGACUAAAGACCUAAAAUUGUAGCUACUUCAUAAAUAUUUUAACUCCAAAGCAGGCUGCUUUGCCAAUGCUUUCUAAGCUCCUGGUAUUCAUAUAAUUUUCUGUUGGAUUAUUUUUGAAAUAAAUGCUUACUUCACUUGA